AUGCUCUCCGUACUUCCGAAUGAACUCAUCGACAGAAUCAUCGACUUUCUGUGGAACGACCGAAAGGCGUUGCACAACUGCGCACUGGCCUGCCGCCUCUUCCUUCCUUCGAGUCGUUAUCACCUCUUCAGUCAUAUUCGUGUCACUAGUCGUGCGGGCCUCGGCUCUGUCCUGAAUGCGUGGAGAAUCUCCUACCUCUGCAAGGUCAUCAGAUCUCUCGAUCUAGUCGAGAGGCAGGACGAGCAGUGGGUCCACCUAACGCAGCAUGUCCUGGGAGAGUUUCUGCAUAGAAUAGAGUCGCUCACUGUUCGACACGUGAACUGGAGCGAGUCGCCCCCAAGCUUCUUCCUGGUGCUGCCGGUAUUCACGCAACUUACUCAUCUCGCGCUGCAUGACUGCCUCUUCACUACGUUCUAUGAUCUACAGCAGCUCCUGUGCGAGCUUCCGCGGCUGGGAAAUCUGACCAUUGGCGCGGAAGUGCGGUGGAAAUUUGGAGAACCUGCCUUUCUGCCUUUAGAAUUUCCUUCCCCCGAAGCCCGGGUCUCGAAUCUAUGCAUAACUGCGUUGUGUGUGCUUCCUGUUUUAGGCGUGCUUUCUACAGAUAAAUUCGUCACCGCUAUUCUCCAAUGGCUCACCGGGCUAAUGCUUCCCUUGUGGAGGAUGGAAUUGACCAUCAGCCCAGUCGCGGGACGGCUUAUCCAAGCUAUGUUGGCGACUCUAGAACAUCUGGCGUUGAACAUAUAUGAUCAGAUUGCAGAUGCGUCGCUUGGUCUGUCUCAGUGCAUGAAUCUGCGCGCUCUAUCGCUCAAGUUCUGUGAACCGUACAUUGGUAUUGCGAAUUCGUUCGUUGACAGGACAUCUCUCCUGUGCGACAUACUCUCUUGUGUUCCCGCGGAAAACUGUCUCGCGCAGCUCAAGGUAGAUGUGUCCUCUGUGGUCGUGAAGGAUAUCGACUAG